GACGUCCACAACACUGCCGACUGACGCGCUGCUCACCGGACCCCAUUCCUACUUUACGUACGUGAAACAUGUGACAACAUGCCUCCAGUGAAUAUCUCGAGCGAGGAUUCCAGCGCGUUCACCGUAAUCAAUCACGAUGACAAUAAGCAGCGAGACGAGGAGACAGUAAAUGAAAAGAAAGCCAACGACUAUGUACUGCCUCGAAACGUGAACGUGGUGAAACCGCUGCAGCACGGCGAUGACGUGCCCGCCACCGACAACAUGGAUCAUCCCGCCGGACUGCAAUCCAUUUUAGACCCGAAAUUUUCCCGAGCGCUCGACUUUAAACUUCGUAGACUAAAAGAAAAAGAAAUUUUACAGGCCAAUCUACGUAGACCCACUCGAUAUCGGCCUCGCAAUGGAUUAAUAGCUGCCUCAAAUCCAAACAUUAGUUCAAAAGAGAUGACUUCCCCUGGAAAAAGCAUCAGCCAAUCUAACCCGAGAAUAGAUAUAAUUGCACUCGACGACGACUACAAGCAAAAGAUCUCGCCCAAAAUGGAUAAGUCUCCAUCACCUGGACGCAAAAGUCGCAUCCGCAAAGUAUCGGGGUCCAACGAGGGAGAAAAACCACGGUUCAUAACGACGGUGAAGACUGGGCAGUUCCUCCUGCCACCGCCUGAAGUAGCUUCGCUUCUUGGGCUGGAGACAUUGUACCCGCAACAAGACAGGGAAAAAAUUGUAUACUCAUAUGCUAGCAAACCUAAACCAGUCACCACUAGAUCGAAACGAUCUUUGCCGGAAAAAAAAGAAAAUAUUCCCAAUGGAGAAUCAGCCACCGGGAGCAUGGCCAAGCGACCCAACGCCAGCGACGUGUUCAGCGGAGUGCGGGCGCUUGUAGCCGGCGUAGUGGGCAUGAAGCAUCUCCUCGACAAAAGCGAUAACGGCGGCGUUGCGUCGACGGCGCCCUACUCCAACAUGAUGCACGACAAGCGCGUGGUGCGCGGCAGCACGUUCGCAGCGCACCCGCUCGCAGCGGGCGACGGCGGUGAGAGUGCGGCGGCGCGGGCGGCGCGCACUCGUCGCCGGGCGCUGGCGCGGCGCGCGGCGGCGGCGCGGCUGCGGGCCGGCUCCCCGCCCCCCGCGCCCGGCCGCAGGCACCACCCCGUGCAGACCGAACACUACCUCGAGGAGCUAUUCGACAAAGGCGUGGAGAUGGAGGUGGGCGUCCAGACAGACCUCUUCGUGGACCGGCCCGCUACUCCCAUAUACGUCCCGGCCAAGACGGGCGCCGACGCCUUCACUCAAAUCUACCCCGGUGAUCUGUUCGACUUCGACUUGGAGGUGCAGCCAAUUCUGGAGGUGUUAGUGGGAAAGACGACGGAGCAGGCGCUGGCGGAGGUGGCGCAGGAGGAGGAGCUGGCGACGCUGCGCGAGCACCAGCGCCGCUACCGAGACCUGCGCGACGCACACCUCGCCGAGCGGCAGCGGCUCGCCGCGCAACACGCGCGCCUCCACCGAGAGAAGGAGCGGCGCGUGUGGGAGGCGCGCGGGGCGCGGGCGGCGGCGGAGGAGGCGCGGGAGCGGGCGGCGGGCGCGGUGGUGGUGCGCGGCCACGUGGCCGAGCUGCUGCCCGCCGUGCUGGCCGGCCUGCGCGCGCAGGGCUACCUCCACGACGCGCUGCAGACGGGCGUGGAGGAGGAGUUCAUGCCGUGGCUGGUGGACCAGGUGUCGGAAGAGCUGGAGUCCAUUAUUACCAGUCGAGACCUCAUUACAGAGCUGGUGCGGGACGUGGUGGAGGCGCGCGGGGAGCUACUGCGUGACUCCACGUCCCCCGCGCCCCCCUCGCCCCCCUCGCCGCCCUCGUCGCCCUCGGCGCCCACGCCCGACGCAGAACUAGAUGGUUUAGAAGAAUAACAGCAAGUCAGUGUGAACAAGUCAGCGACUGGCGGACUUGAAUGUGCGACCGCCGACUAACGGACAAACACUGUACUGGCGAAUGUAAUGUGCGGAAACUGUGCGGACAAUACAGUUAUACAAUAGUUGAUAUGAGAGAGUGAGAUGGAAAUUUACAGUAUUACAUGUGUACUGAAUAUAGUUUGUUAACUAACUGCAAGUUAGGAGUAGUGUAA